AUGACUGAGGCGCUUUCCUUCUCCCGCGGCCAGCAGCUCGAAGCAGCGGUCGAGCACUUACCCGACUGGUACUUUGCCACGCUCAAACAACAGCCACCUCCCUCACCAUCCGCUCCAAUCAAACGAGCCACGACUACGACGACCACCACUCUCGACGACGUCGACGAUGAUGAUGCUAUCAAUGCCGUCCACGCGACGCUCAAGUCCGUCUGCGAGACGGACGACAAGCCUCAACCACUGGACGAGGACGACGUGGGCGGUCUGCCCCAAGAACCGUCGUCCAAUGCCACGAUCUGCUGCCUCGACGACGAGCUCGAGCUCAAUGAACUCACACUCGAGGACGAGUCCGACGUAACGUCCGACAAAGAACUCCAGCAGCAGCAGCAGCAGCUCCAGAUUCGAGAGGCAGAGCUCGGGCAGUCGACAGCGUCUGGUCCCCAGUCAUCCGUCGAGCCGUUAACGGACCUUGUGCUCUCGGGCUUCUCCAUGCGUGGAAGAGAGAAAAAAGUCAUGUAUCACAUUGAUGUGGUAGACCACGACGCCCCUUUGCAAACAUACACUAUCCGUCGCAGCUACUCUGACUUUAAAGAGCUCUACGUCCAGUUAUGCGACAUCCUCGAGAAUCGACAAAGUUAUUACCGUCAUCGAGCCAGUUCGAGACUUGCACGGGGGCGACUCCCGGAUCUACGGAAGGGCCGCAGCCCGUGA